AUGCCUCGACUCAUAGCACCUAUAUCUGUCUCUCGCGGACGACGCGGACGACUCUUCCAGGUCCGUCAAAACUUGCAUGCCUUUUUGGCAUCAGCAAGUAAGAAGCCGCAUAUUUGCAGCGAGUGGCUAUGGAUUGAUGCAUUGUGUAUCGACCAGUCGAACAACUCUGAGCGGUCACACCAAGUGCAACAGAUGGGGCAGAUAUUCAGUCAUGCGAUCAAAGUAAUCUCCUGGCUUGGUGACGACGAACGAAUUGCACAAUUUCUCCGCGAAAGCUCCUCACCCCUCAGCUUGGAUAUGGUGUAUCCUCAGCACAACCGCCCGGGUAUGUCGCAUUUUUUCAAGAGUGAUUAUUGGGAUCGCGCGUGGAUAACCCAAGAAGUCGGUCUGGCGCGCUCGAUCACCUUCAUGGCAUGCAACGAGGAAGUCGACCGAUGGCAGCCGCCAGAAGAGAAAGGAGACGACGCUAUGGUACCUCGCAAUCCUAACCCGGUGUACUCUGAAAAUUAUUCGCACAGAUGGAGGGGUAAGAGUCUUGUCUACCUAGUUGAACUCUUUUUCUACAAAGAAUGCCAUGAUCGUCGUGAUCGCAUCUUUUCUUUACUGGGCUUGUGCGGCGAGGGUUCAGACCUUGAGGUCGACUACGGAAUCUCGCGUACCGAUCUGAUCAUGCGAGUCUUGCAAGUAUGCAGCAACUCCUUCUGCCUUUGCGCGAUCAACAUGCUCGACCGGGUGCUAGGUUUGGGAGAGUCGAAUGCAGUCGUGUUGGAGCAGCAGUCAUUCGGAACCCUCUCCUUGUCCAUAUCCGAUUCUCCGUACUCUGGUGAAACAAUAAUACUGGAUUCCCUUGGCAGAGCCAUCGGAGGCGGUUAUCCUUUGGCAGUCUAUGUGUCUAUGCCCACGAUUUGUCAGUCAUAUUCGGCUUACGUCUACUUAAACAUAUACCCGAAGGCUUGCUACGGCGCUCGAGAAACAGACGAUAGAGUUACUAUGCAUCACUACAAUUGCGAUAUCGUUCUCAGGAGGUCGAAAAGCUCAGGUGACGAAGAACUAGGGCAGAGUGUACGUGGCUGCUCGGUUAGCUACGACCGAGACGCACAAACAUGGGACGUCACCUUUCCCUCUUUAGUACUUGUCCAGAUCGCAUACUCGAGUAACUACGGUACUCUCUGCACAAGAGGUAGUGGUGCAGACUCUACUUUCAUGGAAACUCACAACGAGCCUGUACUGCGCAUGUCUUCUGGCAGUGAUCUGUACAUAGAUGCUCCUGGUUUGAGCCUUCCGAUUCCAGAAAACCCACCCCGGCCGUCACUCGAAAGUUUGCGCAGCUUCAAAGUGCAACCUCUCAUCACGAGCAUAGGCACCGAAAUGCGCACCACUUUCUUUACGAUCUUGACUUUGUCAACCACAGUUGGCGGUACACCUCUGGGAAACAACUUCGAGAACCUCGUAGACAUCCUUGCUCGGCAGACAAACACAACAUGUCCAACUACGCCAAAUCCCAUGCCCAAAGCAGCCGCCUUCUCCUCCGUCAAGACCAUGCCAGAUCCCUUCCUCUACCUCGAUGGUAAAACUCGCGUCCAAAACAAAGACGAGUGGCUGCGAUGCCGCCAACCUGAGAUCCUCAAGCUCCUCCAGGAAUACCAAUACGGCUACUAUCCAGACCAUUCGCAAGAGACGCUCUCAGCAACGCGCAGCGGCAAUACCUUGACUGUCAGCAUCGCUGCAGGAGGAAAGACAGCUAGCAUCGCCGCGUCGUUGAACUUGCCAAGCGGAAGCGGACCAUAUCCUGUGGUCAUAUCGAUUGGAGGCAUGGAUACGAAGAGUUAUACGAAUGCGGGUAUAGCAGUAGUCACAUUUGAUUAUACCAAGGUUGCAGCAGACAGCAACAGUAAGAGUGGUUCGUUCUGGACGUUGUACAACGGCAGGGAUAUUGGAGUCCUGACUGCGUGGGCAUGGGGGUUCCACCGCGUCCUGGACGGCAUCGAACUCGAGGUUCCAGAGAUUGACGCGACCAAGUCUGGGGUCACGGGCUGUUCCCGUCUGGGCAAGGCUGCUUUGGCAGCUGGCCUGUUUGAUAGGCGUAUCGCUGUCACUAUGCCCAUGUGCUCUGGCGUUCAAGGCGCGGGACCCUACCGCUACAGCUUGAGCGGACAAGGAGAAAAUUUGGAAAACGCAAAAUCUGGAGCUGGAUGGUGGACCUCCUCCGGCAUCUCCCAGUUCGUCGGCAAAUCCACCCAGCUACCCUAUGAUGCGCAUACUAUUGUUGCAGCCAUCGCCCCGCGCGCAGUCAUCCUGUCGCAGAACGCCAAUGAUCAGUUCACCGAUUCCAAAGGCACUGCUCAAGUCACGUUUCCUGCGGCCAAGGUUGUGUACAACUGGCUGGGUGUGGGUAAGCAGCUGGGCAUGAGUAUACCGUCUGGUGGACAUUGUGAUAUGAGCGGGUACGCAGACAUUCUGCCUUUCGUACAACAGGUGUUGCAGGGCAAGAGCACGACGAGGAACUAUGACGACUUGAAGAACUGGAAGGCUAUGCCCGAGGCUUAUCCUUGGGGCAGCGAUGUGCCAAAGGGGAAGCUUGGGCGCGAUGACGUACCCCGCGUCGCAGGCGCAUCCGCCGCGUCCACCAUCCACCACGGCCAACCAUGGACUCGAGACUUGACUUGA